AUGGCUUCGUCGUCGUCGUCGUCGCGGUUGGGGACAUGCCAGACGUGUAACGUCACCGCGGCUCGUUACAGCUGCCCCGCGUGCCAGUUCCCUUCGUGUUCGCUGGGCUGCUCGACUUCGCACAAGGUCCGCCUCGAUUGCUCGGGCAUCGCGCCGCCUGUGUGGUCGUUGCCCCUCAAGGCCAGCGACAUGUCCUGGGGACCGUUGAUGCGUGACCAGUCCUACAUCGCCUCGGUCAGCAGAAAGUCCGAAGACAUCGGCCGCCAGUUGGUCAAGGACAAGCUCAUCCCUUCGCUGCGUGCGAACGACGGCGACGAGCGACUCGACGAUCGCAAUGACCGCGAGAACAAGAUGGUCUAUGAAGCGAGGAAGCAAGGCGUUGAACUGGUGCUCUUGCCUAAGGGGAUGACCAGGAGGGUCAAAAAUGCUUCAAGGUGGGAUCCCAAGUAAGUUCACUCAAGGCACGCGGGUAACGUCCCCGUGAAGAGCUCUGCUCACCCAAUAGAGUCGGUCCGGCCCCACAAUCAACAGGACGCUGAGGAUGGAAUGGGUUCUCGACAUGGUCUUUCAGGCCAACCCUGCUGCAUCUCCGUCCAGCUCUUCGCCUGCACCUGCACCUCCGACGACCUACACGACCGGGCCUCAACCCUCGACCUCGACGUUGCACGCCGCGCUCUCGGCCGCAUUCGCACAACGCGACAAGAAGAGCAAGAAUAAAAAGCUGAACCAGGAGGCCCAAGAUUGGAUAGCAUUGCAAAAGAAGUGGCUUGAGUCGUUCCGACCCAUCGAGAUCGAAUCCGCGCCAUCAUGCGAGCCGCCGCCCGCUGGAGCUGCGAUCGAAGCUACUUCCUCCCAAGUCGCGCCAGGGCCUACUACACAAGUGGAUGGGGAGGAAGAAAGCGUUACUUUGGCACCAUUCACAACAAGCGGCAGGCAGACAGACGACGUAGUACUAUCCAUGCUCGAAGAAGAUGCCGCCGCGGACGCGGUGGGCGAGGAUGACGACGAGGACGAAGCCGACGAGGUCGAUGAAUCCCCUUUCAUCCUGCUCCUCUCCCUGUUCACGCGACCCCCCGAACCCUCCGGGUCUCCGUUCGAAGAAGACCGCGAUGGCCAUGCUCCUCCGCAAACGAAUCAUCCGACGCCCGCAGUCAGCGCCUUGAUCAAGGCGACGCCUCGCCGAGUCUUUGUCAUUCCCCCCCACCUCCCCUCGCUGCAGAGUGCGCUCGUCGGCGCCACGAUCCUCGAAUGCCCGUGCUUCGAGCUGUGGAGUCGCGAAGCUUUCCUCAGGGCCCGGUUGCAAGGCAAGAUCCGAGUUGUUGACCAACCGCGAUCACUGGAAGGGGUGCAACAACCCGACUCGGGUGGCCGAUGGGAGAGGGGUCGAGGCCGAGGCGGAGGCCGAGGGAGAGGCGGGAGGGGCGGGCGAGGAAGGGGAGGACCGAGUCAGCGAGGCUUUGGGAAUACGAGCGGGCGAGGUCGUAGAGGCGGUGGCGGUCGCGGUGGAGGCGAUCACGACGGUCACCCGCGACGGGAAGAGGGGUCCGCCAUGAGUCGUGGGCCCGAUAGAGGCUGGGGCAAGCGCGCGGCCGCCGCUUCGGGGCAUGACGAAGAUGGGUCGAUGCCAAAGAAGGUCAGAGAAUUAUUAUUAUGCUGA